GGACCAGCCCGCCUCGUCUUCCUUUAACUUCAACAUCCCAUUGACUUUUCACCACAGCGCGAUUUGCAUUUCCCGUCCAGCGGCUCGAUGGUGGCGAGUGCGGGUAUUCAGCUGCGUGCUGCUCUUUUCUGAUAAUCCACAUUCACAGUCACGUAUGAUGACGAGCAUAUAUAAAGCAUAGCUAUGACAUCUCCCUAGCCCCAAUUCAAAGAGUCAUGGGAUUUCUUGCCGCAACCCUUCACCUCUAGCUGAGACUCUACUCGCCAUGGCUGCCAAACACUCCGGGCCGGUCGAGGUCCUGCUCGAACCUAUUACUUCCCUAUAUAACAUGCCAGCCAUGCCCCAUCCUCUCCUCAGUGGCGUACCGAGCACCACCGAAGGUUACGCCCUCAUAGGGGCUCUACUGCCGGCAGGUAUCGCGAUAGCAUGCAUCAUUCUUCACCUUGCACGGCUGGCACUACCUAAGGGUCCACGAUGGACCCGCCGCUUCGCAAAAGAGCCGAUUUCACGGCAACCGCGCAGCUGGUCAAGAUGGGCGGUCAGCCUCCUCGGUUUAUCAGCCAUUGGGUUGGCUCUUUCUAUCCUCGAUAUCGCCACGAGGUCGUCUUUUCAACCAAUCUGGAGCUGCGAACCCCUUCCCUGGCUUCUGGCUCUUCUGCUCAUCCUGGCUGCACGGCCCGGGAAGACCCCAAAGACUUUACUUGUCAUAUUCGCUACAGUUCUGGUCUGCGAUAGUUUAUCAGUCCUGCUCAGGUACAGCAAGGUGAAACAUGUCCACAUCUUUUUCAUCGCCUGUCUUGUCACAGACUGCGUGACCAUAGCGGUCAUUUUCUGCAUGCCCAUGAGGCAUCCGGCGUUAGCGAAAGACGGCGUAGCCAAACCAUUCGAAUCACCCGACUCGCGACUAAGGA